AUGCGAAAGAAGGUCCUGAGAGUGCAGCAAGAAGCAGACGCCCCUUUGAUCGACCCUGCUGCGUUUUCCAGUUGGUUAAAGCUGCGCCGAGUUACGGCCUGGAUCCUGCGUUUCCUGUAUAACUUGCGCAACCGAGAUAAGCCCAAGUCGGGAGCACUAAGCAUUGAAGAGUUGAAGACAGAGGAGCUGUACUGGAUCAAGUGGGCACAGAGAGACAGGUUCGCCAGAGAAAUUGAGUCGUUGGAGAAGGGACAGCCAGUUCCUCGAGCAAGUCGCAUUGCAAACCUCGACCCACAGCUUGUAGAUGGAGUUCUCCGCGUCGGAGGGAGGAUAGACCGGGCCGACAUACCAUGGGAAACGAAGCACCCGAUAAUCCUCGACCACGGACAGGACGUCACACGCCUGAUAGUCGCCGAGUACCAUCAGAAGCUUCGCCAUGUUGGAGUGGAGCAUGUCUUCAACCACCUACGCGAGAGAUUCUGGAUACUGCGUGGGCGGGCAGAAGUGAAGGAGUGCACCAUUAAGUGCCCACUGUGCCAUCGCCGUCGCGUCCAGCCGAUGACCCAGAAGAUGAGUGACCUUCCAGCCGUUCGUCUUGCUGGUGUCAGCACGCCGUUCAAGCAUGUAGGCUUAGACUACGCGGGGCCGUUUCAAGUUCGUGUUGGUCGAAAUCGCGUGGAGAAGCGUUACGUGUGCCUAUUUACGUGCCAGCACAUGCGCGCCGUGCAUCUAGAGACCGCGCAUAGCCUCGAUACAGAUUCCUUUAUUAUGGCUUUGCUUCGCUUUCGCGCCCGCCGAGGUAAUCCUGUCAGGAUUGUGAGUGACAAUGGCUCGAACUUUGUAGGAGCUGAGCGAGAGUUGAGGGAUGCACUCCAGGAGUUGAGUCAAGAACGAAUCGCAGAUGAGCUCAGUGUGCACGGUGUCAAGUGGGACUUCAAUCCGCCUGAUGGGCCUUGGUUCGGUGGAGCCUGGGAAGCGUUGGUGAAGUCUACCAAGCGCACGAUGAGAGUGAUGUUAGGAAACGUCCUUACAGUAGAUGAAGUCUUCCGCACUGUUCUCGCCGAUGCAGAGUCUAUACUGAACUCGCGUCCACUGGUGUACGGGGGAAGUGUGUCAUCUCCUACUGAUGUGAGUGUGCUAACGCCAAACCACUUCCUUCAUGGAUGUGCGAGUACAAAUUCCGCGCCCGGUGAAUUCAGCAAGAGAGAUAUGUCACUUCGUCGUCGAUGGCACCAUAGUCAGUACUUGGCCGAUCAGUUUUGGCGCCGGUGGAGAAGAGAGUACGUGCCACACCUGGUCCAGCGCAGCAAGUGGCGUGCGAUACAGCGCAAUCUUCGCCGCGGCGACCUUGUGUUGAUCGUGGAGAGAGAUGUACCCAGAGGCAAGUGGCGCUUGGGACGAGUUCUGGCACCGAUUGCUAGUCCUGAUGGUCUUGUGCGAUCAGCGGAAGUCGCAACUACGAAAGGAACAUUGAUCCGACCUGUUGGGAAGCUAGCGCUCCUGGAAGCAAGCCAGGAACAGUGA